CACAACUUCAAGAUCCACCAACAUCAACAACCAUGACAGACAAAACAGAAAAAGCGAAGAAGCGCAAGAGGCAGGUAGAUGGAUCGUCGAAGCCCAGUAAAAGGGUUGCAAUUGAGGGGGAUAAGCAAGUAAAAAUUGCUUUCCAAGAAGCAGAAAAAUGGGCACCUGUAGUCGGUAAGUUUGGAGCUAUUUACCUACGAUCUGUGAAAGCUUGCAAUAAGGACUUCUGCUGAUAUGUGCAGCUUCUUCUCGCGGGCUCGCCAUUCCUGAAUCAAUUUCUCUGCAACCAUUUACGCAGAAGCGCAAGAAUGUAGUAGCAUCGGAUCCGCGAAGAACUACAAUAGCAAACACCGAACUCCUCCUGCAGUCUUCCGCGCACCACAAACUUGAUUAUACAGCACGAGAAGAGAGUUCGGAUGGACCAGACGCCCUGUUGAAGCAUUAUGUGGGGAUCUACGAUCCGGAGACAGGCAAGAUGGAGGUGAUGGAGGCACGUAAGAUGGCAGUACGCGGGACAGUAAGGGCACACCAGGUUGCAAUUGAAGACCUUGAAGUUGAAUUGGUAAGUGACACCCAAUAAGAAUCUACAUCAUCAAGGCUAAUACAUGACUCCAGAAAUCCAGAGACCAGAGAAGUCAACUUGGACAAACCUUCGGUACGAAGAAGUCGAAAAAAUCGAUCGCCUCGUUCACAGAAAAUGCCAUCAAUCCUGGACACUCGAGAGCCGCCGAUGGGGUACCUACGAAGAUUGGAAGUGGCGAUAAGGCCAUUCUUGAAACUAUCGGAACCAUUACAUCUACCAUGGCUACCAAAGAGCAACUUGCAGCAGAAAUCGAGGGUCACAAACCACGGCCAAAGGCCAAUCUCGAAGCCAAGGAUGUCAAGGACGUUUAUACCAUUGAAGGGCUCAUUGGCGAGAAUAUCCUGGCACUUAUUCCUGUGAAGCAAUGGCUCGAGAAAAAGAAGGCGAAGCAGGAUUUGGAAUGCAAUUCUCGAUAUGUUGCCUCGAAAUUUGUUCCGGUAGGAGUGGAUACCGUCAAGCUCAAGGCCCUCCGAUACAUACUCUUCCUGCUAGAAGUACUGGACAAAUCGACAUCCAAAAGAGCAGAAAAGAAACUUCCACGAAAUGAUGAGGUUACAUCAAUCCUUGACGAUAUGCCACGAUCCGUAUGGGAAGACUUCAAAUCCAGAUUCACGACUGCCAAUAUGAUAAGUAGGUUCCAAUACGAUCUCAUCGUCACACACAUUUGUGCGUUAUCUUGUAUAUUGGACGCCUUCGAUGUCUACAUGUAUGACUUGCAGGAGGAUUUGAAGUUAGAUGCGAAGAAGAUAGAGACGUAUUUUAGAGAGGUUGGAGCAAAGACUGUCGCCUUGCCGGUUGCGGAGCAGAAAAGAUUGGGUCUCUCCAAGGUUGUUGCUGCACAGCGUAAGAUGGCGAAGUUGAGGUUGCCUCUUGUCUUUCCUACAAUGUCGUUUGCUAGGAAGUAGUCGGUUGUUGGUGUAGAUGACUAGAAUUUUGUCAAGACACGAGAAAUAAUACCCUUUGAGUUUAC